CGACAGCGGCGGUCAUGGGAUCUGUCGACGCCGGCCAGGACGCAGAUGAACAUGAACGCCAACAACUAGUACACGAACAUGAACGUGAACAUGAACAUCCACACGCCCACGAACAUGAACCCGCGCAGACCUCACCGGCACCCACGCCCACAUCCACGACCGACGAUGGCUCGCCGGGCUCCUACACGACGCGCACGCUGAUUAGCCAUGUGCCGCUCGCCAGCGACGCGCAGACGGGCACGCGAGCAUACAUUACCUGCGUAGAUACGUGGAACGGGAACGUGUACAUUGGCACGUCCGACGGCCACGUGCUGCAUUAUGUCUCCAUCCCCGGCGAGCAUGCGGGCGACCCUCCCGUAUAUAUCUUUGCCACCAGCAUCGAGCCGCCCUACACCGCUGCGCAGAGCGGCGCUGAUGCUGGCGUCAAGCAGAUCCUGCUGCUCCCGAGCAUCAGCAAGGCCUGCAUUGUGUGCAACGGCACCCUUACCUUCUAUAACAUCCCCGAGCUCAGUCCUGCUUUCGAGGAGGUCAAACAGGCGAGCUGUCUCGCGGUGGGCGGACGAGACCGUAACGGUGCUGCCGAGGACGACAGCAUCAAUGGUACCGACGUCGUGAUCUGCUUGCGGCAACGACUGCGACUCAUCCGAGUGGGCGAGGACUCGCGGCCACGUAAGAUCAGAGACAUCGAGCUGGGUGGGGUGUCUGUGUUAGAGCGACGCGGAGAUUUGGCGUGCGUAGCGGAUGGACACGAGUACUCCUUGCUGGACGUGGUGAAUCAACGAAAGAAUGUGCUCUUUCCCAUCUCUUCCACCAGCGCAUCCCAGUCUCCUCCGUUGCCCCAACUGCAGCUUGCUCCACCCGCCGCGCCCGCACGACCUGCUGCUCGUAGCUUCUCGUCCCGUAGUCCGGUGCGACAAAGUCGAGUGCACCAGCGGAUGACGAGUUUGGGCGGCCAGCCACAGAACACUGGUCAACUGCGCCCAGAGAGCAACUCGCCAUUCCCGCCCAGACGUUCUUCCCGUCAGGGCUUCGAUUCGCCUGCUGUACCCUCGAGCAGGGAUGGCAGUCCGACAAAAGCUGAAGCGGCGCCUGCUCCAGCGACCGUGCCCGAGAAUGUCGUUGCUGAAGCAUCAGUGUCGACGUCCGGGCAAUCAGCAGAGGUAGCAAGGCCUCCUUCGCCUGCAAAGCCGAAGCCGAAGCCUCUGCCGCCUAACAUUGUCACACCUACACCUGAUGAGUUUUUGCUAACCACAGGAACAAGCAAGUCCGAUCCGGGUGUUGGCAUGUUUGUCAAUUUAGAAGGCGAUGUCGUUCGAGGUACCAUCGAGUUUGCCAGUUAUCCCGAAUCUUUGGUUCUGCACGGCGUUGAGCAGAGCUCAGACACGCCAAGCGAUCCACUUCGCCAGGGAUAUGUGCUCGCUGUCGUGCAGCGUGUCUACGACGGAGUGCGACACAGGUGUAUAGAGAUUCAACGCUGGGACGCCGAGCCGGGCGAAGCGCAGCGUUCGAAAGAAUGGUUGCCAAUCGAGAAGAUGAGAGAUGGAGAAGAAGAUGAUGGUGAUGAUCACGCUCCCUCUGGCAUUGGUUUGCGAAAUGCAACGACUGCUUCAGAUCUCUCCACUACUGGUAUAAGCACGAGCCUGAGAUUGCGCAAACUAAGAGUCGGGAGCAAAGAGGUAAAUGCGGAAGGUCCAGCAGAUCUUGCGCGCAACACAGAAGAGGACAAGCUCGCUUCGCGAUUCGGUCAAGUCCGAGCAAAUGUGCUUCUCUACGCCAAUGACCGAGUCUCUUGGGUGUUACAGGAGCCGCUUCUCAUCCAACUUGACAGGCAGCUGAGUGCAGCAAUGCAGAGGAGCGAUAAUGGCCAGCCAUCGAUCGACGUCCCUGCUGUACAACGUGUGUUCAAUGGCAUACGUGGACAGGAGCCGCGAGAUGAGCUCGAGUUUCUCACGCUGACAUAUGUGCGGCAGAAGGCAGCCCUUCUUCUGUUUGGCAAUCUUGUUCUGCAGACUGCAGGCGGGGUUAUUGCAUACGAGCACGAUAAACGACGAGCCGAAGAUGCCUUGACCGCAGGCGAGAUAGAUCCUCGCAUAAUGCUGAUGCUGGUACCGCCGCUCGAUCGGGAAAUCGCAGAGGGCUCAGGUAUAUGGCUUCCGCAGGGCCUUCGAGACACCAUUGAGUGGCUACGAACAGGCAUCGAUCUUGACCGCAUCGAGCGAGACAUCAAAGGUGCUUAUGGCGACAACAUGUUGAGCCUGAUGAAGCGAUACUUGACUACUUGGCGCAAAAAGAAGGGUUUUGGUAGUGUGGCUGACGAAUCCCAUGUCUUCCGGUCUGUCGAUGCAGCACUGCUCCAUGUCCUUCUCAUGUUUGAUUCCAACAGUCCUCGAGGAGCCGCGAUACCAGGCUCUGUGCGAACAGAGCUGUACAACGUCGUAGACAAGGGCAUAGACUGUUUCGAUCGUGGCAUUCAAUUGCUCGAGGAGUACCAUCGGCUUUAUGUGCUGAGCCGAUUGUACCAGAACAAACAAUAUAGGGACAUCUCCAAAGUUCUCGCGACGUGGCGUCGGAUUUUGGAGGGCGAAGCCGAUGCAGGCGGCGAAUUCAUCGAGGGUGAACACGUUAUGCGAGAAUACCUCGCCAAGAUCCGAGACGUUGCGCUUGUCCAAGAGUAUGGCGCGUGGCUUGCGAAUAGGAAUCCCAAACUAGGCGUACAAAUCUUUGCAGACGAUGCGAGCAGGGUGCAAUUCGAGCCGACGCAAGCAGUGGCGAUAUUGAAGGAGAGAGCACCAGAAGCGGUGAAAGAGUAUCUGGAGCACCUUGUUUUUGGCAAGAAUCACGUUCAAUACGUCAACGACCUCAUUGCGUAUUACCUGGACACCGUUCUCGUAGAACUCGAAAGCAACCACGAAUCUCGAGUGCUGCUCAAAGAUUCCUACGACAUCUAUCGGGCGCAAUUCCCGCCCAAGCCCACGUACCGACAGUUCAUCACCGACAACGCCGUCGACGCAGAGUGGUGGCAUAAUCGUCUCCGACUCUUGCAACUCAUUGGCGGGUCCCAUGGCGCCGCUUCAAAGUACGACGUGCACGUCCUGGGCCAACGCCUGGCGCCGUACAGUGAUGAACUCGUGCCUGAGAUGAUUAUUCUCAAUGGGCGAGAAGGCAAACAUGAAGAAGCGCUCCGGCUGCUCGUGCAUGGACUGGGCGAUUAUGAUACGGCGAUCCGCUACUGUCUACUCGGAGGGAAUUCCAUCUUUCACCCUUCGUCUUCUUUUUUGAACGCGCCGGAACGAGACGCUCUGCCUAGCAAAGAAGCGCAGAGUGUUCUGUUCAACUAUUUGCUCGAUCAGUUUUUCCAGAUUCAAGAUGUUGGAGAAAGACUGGAGAGGACUGCGGAGCUAUUGGACAGGUUUGGAGGAUGGUUUGAUGUUGCUAAGGUGCUGGAAUUGAUUCCUGAUAGUUGGAGUGUAGAGCUCGUGAGUGGGUUUCUGGCGCAUGCGUUCAGGAGGCUCAUUGCGGAGAAGAAUGAGACGGGGAUUGUGAAAGCGCUGUGCAGUGCGCAGAACAUGCGGAAGAGUAUGGAUGCUAUGGAGUUGCAAGAGAAGAUGGGGCCUGUGGUUGUUGUUCUCGAGCCGUGAUGGAGGGACGGAGUAGGUGUCCGCAGAGAGAAGGAAAUCAUGUUCAGAGACGAGACGACACUCCGUUCCUCGGACGUCGCAGCAUUGGAUGGUGGUCACUGGCUCUGGUGGCGGUGAAGCAGCGCUCAGCCGAGCUAGGUCCAGUGCAGAAGCGAUUGUAGCCGACGAGAGCACUAGAUAGACUAGUGUCGCCGGAGUGCAUGCUAGGGGCGCGCUAGAGAUGACACUAUCUCACAGCUUCUGGAACAUAUAAGUCCCCGACAUGGCGUCGAUUUAGUGUCUACAUCCUUGCAGGGGAUCGAAUCGUGCUGGAGAAGAGCUGAGAAAUACCAAGAGGAGGCGCAGACACACAAGCGUUGGAAGCGCAGCCUUGACAUUAUUAUUAGUUCUCUGGGCCUCCGCGCUGUCCGUAGGCGAUACGAAGGAAUAAGCGAAGGGUGGCUCGUGAAGGCGAAGAUCGACAUGCCGACUGCAUUCGGAGGCACUAGCAUUGCCGCAAGCCGAGAAGGGAAAGCCUUUUGUUUCUCUGCUGCUGCUGCUGCUGGCGGCUGGCCCUACUCUGCUGGCCACGACCCUUGCUGCUUGGCUUCGCGUACUGCGGCUACGCUGUGUGGGACGAGGGGAGGGAGAGGGGGAUUUACCCUACGGGACACUACGGUACACUACUGUACUGCUCUGUAUGAUCAGAGCAUGGUGAGUGAUGAAGGGAUGAUGCGGAUGGAUGCUGACGACGAUGAUGAUGAUGAUGAUGAUGAUGGCUGGGUGGUAUGCAGAGCUACUGAACAG